AAGAAGAGCGUGGUCAUGUGGCUCCUCCCCCUUUCACAGAUGACCGUAAGGCUCCUCCCCCUUUCACAGAUGAGCUGCAGCGGGCUGGAGGAGGACGACUUCCGCCGCUGCUGUCGGCUCCUCCUGCAGCGGUCAGAGCAGCUGAGGGACGGCUGGAGCUGGGAGGGGGUCCAGGGUUCGGAGGAGGGCUACCUGAGGAAGACCGCUCUCAGGAGCGGAUCCGGUUCAGACUCGGUGCCACCGGCUUCCAGUCAUUCCCGGGAGGAGGAGGAGGAGGAGGAGGAGUCAGGUCUCGGCGCCAGCGGUGACAUCGCUGAGGAUGAGGAGGAUGAUGAAGAUGACGGAGUCUGCGUGGCGUCUGGAGGCAGCAGCCAGGUGCUUCAGUACGAGUAUCACAUCCUGCACUCCUGCAGCUACGCCACACCUGUGCUCUACUUCAGAGCCUCCACUCAGGGGGGGAGGAGCCUAUCACUGGAGGAGGUGUGGAGCUCCGUCCACCCCAACUUCAGGCUCCGCCUUCAGAGCAGCCCCCUGAACACCAUCACUCUGCAGGAGCAUCCUCUGCUGGGUCAGCCCUUCUUCAUGCUCCACCCCUGCCGGACGGAGGAGUUCAUGAGGCCCGUGCUGCAGGCGGCUCGGGAGCAACGCCGGCCGGUGAACUACGUGCUGUCGUGGCUCAGCGCUGUGGGUCCGGUGGUGGGUCUGGACGUCCCUCUGGAGUACUGCACCGAGCCGGGCUGAGGCCAGAGGAGCCUGAACGCACCGGGCUGAGGCCGGAGGAGCCUGAACGCACCGCCGGCAUGUGAGGCGACAUGUUUAUACGGUGCAUUCUGUUUAUUGCCAUUUAAUUAAAAUACACAACAUCA